AUGCCUAAAGUUGUGUCCAGAUCUGUUGUCUGCUCCGACACCCGGGACCAGGAGGAAUAUGACAACGGCGAGAAGCCCCUCCAUGUGUACUACUGUCUGUGCGGCCAGAUGGUUCUGGUGCUGGACUGUCAGCUGGAGAAAUUGCCCAUGAGGCCCCGGGAUAGGUCCCGGGUGAUUGAUGCUGCCAAACUUGGCCACAAGUUUUGUAACACAGAAGACGAGGAAACUGUGUAUCUUCGCAGGCCUGAAGGCAUUGAACGACAGUACAGGAAGAAGCGUGCACAGUGUGGACUGCCACUCUUCUACCAGUCCCAGCCAAAGAAUGGCCCCAUGACCUUCAUUGUGGAAGGAGCAGUAGUCAAGUUUGGCCAGGGUUUUGGCAAAACGAAUAUAUAUACUCAGAAGCAAGAGCCUCCUAAGAAGGUGAUGAUGACCAAACAGACUAAAGACAUGGGCAAGUUCAGCUCUGUCACUGUGUCUACUAUUGAUGAAGAGGAAGAGGAGAUUGAGGCUCGGAAAGUUGCUGACUCGUAUGCACAGAAUGCCAAAGUGAUUGAAAAACAGUUGGAGCACAAAGGCAUGAGCAAAAGGCGGCUGCAAGAGCUGGCUGAACUGGAAGCCAAGAAAGCAAAAAUGAAGGGGACUUUUAAUUGACAACCAGUUCAAAUGAUCAGGACCUUUCUCUGAACCCAGACUAGAAACAAGCAUUUAGGCCAGAAGGAAAAAUAAAUUUUUAUCCUUUUAAUUUAAUUUAUUGGGGUGACACUGGUUAACAAAAUUAUAUAGGUUUCAGGUGUCCAGUUCUAUAACACAUCAUCUGUAUAUUAUAUUGUGUGGUCACCACCCCAAGUCAAGUCUCUGUCCAUCACCAUUGAUCUCCCCUUUACC